CAAUAGUAAAAGAAUAUACAUAGGCAUAAAACAGAUUUAUGUAUGACUGUGGCAUUUUUUCGAUAUAGAUAUUUUAUCUGUCAUUCUUUCCCAACUGUUUUGAUGGCGUGUUCGGUAAAAUCCGUAAAAAGGUUUUAUGUAUUUAUUUUUUGUUUUGAUAUACCACACACGCUUUGAUGUUCAAGACCGACUUUCAUUCUCUUGAUAGCUACCGUCACUCUCACGUUAAAUAUCGUAAAUAUCCAAAACUCAAAGAAGUAGAUGAUGUGCUAGGAGGUGCUUCAGCCUGGGAAAAUGUUGACUCUACUCAAGAAACUUGUCCCAAGUGUGAGCAUGGACGAGCCUAUUUCAUGCAGAUUCAGACUCGGUCAGCUGAUGAACCUAUGACGACAUUUUACAAAUGCUGUAAUGUAGAGUGUGCACAUCGAUGGAAAGACUGAAGGUUCUGCUAUAAUUUUACUUUUGUAUAUUUUGUAAAUAAACUAUUUUCAUGAAA